AUGAGCGAUUUACCAGAUGUUGAUGUGGAUCAGCUGAUUUCUGUAGUGCAAUCGAAACCAGUGCUGUGGGACAAAAGUUGUGAAAAAUAUAAGGACAAAUUUAAGACGCUAGAAGCCUGGAAAGAUGUUUCUGUAGACUCGUACCAAAAAUCAAUUAGCAAAACCAAUGAUAAAUCGGGAGCAGGGGCAUCAAAAGCAAAAGCCUACAUUUAUGCAUCUCAGUUGCAGUUCCUGAACCAAAUAUUUAAAGAAAGAGAAACAGAGGACACACUCUCACAAAAUAUUGAUGAUAAUGAUGGUGGUGUUGCGGAUGUAAUUGUUGAAAAUGAUGAGACUCCUAUACAAUGGAUUCUGCCAAAUCGGCACCUUUCGUUUUUUAAAGGAUUACUCCCUUCUCUUGAUGAUUUCGAUGAAUAUGACACUCUAGAUUUUCAAAUGGAGGUGCUGCAAGUAGUAAAGAAAAUCAGGCAGUGGAAGCAUCCUCUUCCGUCUACAUUCGGUACACCAUAUGCCUCUCUAUCUAGAAUUCCACCUAUGACCUCUUCAUCUGAUACCCCACCGAUGGUCCCUAAUCAGUAUAUACAGAGCCAGCCAAAUCUGCAGCACGUUACAUCAGCCUACCUAAAGUCAAUUCAUUCACAAGUGUCCGCUGUUCAGUUCUAA